AUGAAUAAUUUUAAUUUAAACAAAAGAUCUGAUACAUUAAUACAAACAACGGAAUACCAGUAUACAUAUACAAUAAGUAAUCAAACUCAAGAUACAAAAGAUAUCCAAACCAAGCCUACCUAUCAAGAAGUUGAGCAAGCUUUAAUUAAUAUAGUUAAAGCAAGCAUCUAUUAUAAAAAGCCAAAAGAAGCUAAAGAUUAUUUCAUUAAAGAAGCACAAAUUGAUAAAGAAGCAGAAGAUUUUCUUAAUUUAUAA